UGAUAGCCAAAAGCGUUGGGAGGCAUCGCCGUCUAAAAAACCCUAGACUCAAGUCUUCUAGCGCGAGUUGGUUCGAUUUGAUUUGGGUUUUUUCUGCUGGAUUUCUAGCAAAUCGAAGAAACAAAAGCGAUUUUAUUUAUUUAUUUGUUAAUACCCCUUUGAUCUUGGGUGGGUAAUUCUAGUUACAGAUCCAGAUCCAUUAACCAAUGUCUCGGUGCUUCCCUUACCCGCCUCCGGGCUACUACCGGAUCGAGUCGAUUAAGAUCCAAAAGGAAAAGGAGCUUUCUGUAACAGAAAGCUAUAGAGAGGCAAAGAAGGAGAAGAAAGAAAGAAGGAGGCAGAGGAAAGAAAACAGUAACCAAACUGGUUAUUACGGGGGUAAGUCUCAGCAAGAGGGGAAAGGAAGGCUUCCAAAGGAAAAAAGGGAAGAAGCUGAAAAGAGUGGUCUUACUGAAGAACACAAUGAGCCCGUAUGCCUUCAAAAUGUUUGCUAUUUGUCUGAUGAUGGCAUUCGGAGCAACAAGAGGAGGAAACUGGACCCCUCAACAACUACUGAUGACAAACCUCGCAAUGUCUUUCGCAUUCGGCUGCCCUUGACAAGGCAUAAAGAGCCAGAUGUGUCUCUCAAUAGUAAAGGGUUGUGCUCUACUUCGGGUGGGGCAGAUUCUGUUUCUGGGCAGAGUGAAAUUGUCCGUUUAUCUGAUCAAGAAACUGUCAACUCAAAGGCUGGGGAACUUGCAUCUCCACCAGAAAAUAUACCUUGCAGUUCAGUUUCAGAUAAGUUGGAGAGCUCUGUUUCCGAAACUUCUUGGUUCAGAUUUCAUGAUCGCAAGACGUUGAAAGCAGACUCACAAUACAAAGGUUUAAUUGAGGAUUGGGUUCCACCAACUCUUCAGUUUGAGCUUAAAGAUUCUGACGAUGAAGAGUGGCUUUUUGGGACCUUAAAGCAAGAAAGGCAUGGAAACAAGAGACUAAACGAACGCCAUGAUAUCUCGUGUCGUGAAAGUUCUACUUUGUGGCCACGAGCACAUUACUUGCCCGAGUCUGAUGUUUACGCUUUACCGUAUACAAUUCCAUUUUGAUGUGAAGCAUCCGUUAAUGGAGCCAAUUUUGAAUUUGUGGUGCAGAUUUUACUAUUGACAUGAUAGACAGGUUUAGAGCAGCCAGCGUGUACAACUUGUAAAUGAAUGUAAUUCUUUUUUGUUCUUUGUUAUGUACAACAGGUUUAGAGCAGCCAAGUGAAUGUUACCCACUCGGAAUGUAAUUCUUUGCUAUCCUGUCAGAAACAUUCUGUCUUUGAACAUUUUUUGA